AGCAAUCCUACCGCCGGGCCAUCCGCCGGAGCCGUACAUGCACCGCUUGGAGCUGUCAAGCCGCUGUACGGGCAAGGGUCACGCGUCACAGAGCAUAAUGGACCUGACCAACUUGUUGAGCGACAAGACGUCGCUGCAGCAGCUUGUGAACGACCUGUACCGACCUUUUGAGACGCAGCACGUGAACCAGAUCGUCGCGCUGCAUGUAGAAGGAGAUAUCAUCACUCCUGAUUCGAAUAGUGACAUUGCAACGAAUGAGGCGGGCACACAUCGCUUUACUGCGUCCAUCGCUGGAGCCAUCGCAGGUGCCAAACAGCUCGCGUAUGGAGAACUGUCAGUUAUAAGGAAGAAGACUGCGAAAAACUCGCCUAGCAGGACGACGAUCCAAGCGUCCAAAUGCAAACGCGUAGUGGCCGUCGACUGUGGAGAUGGGAAAUUUACGGUUGAAUUGAAGCGCAAGGCCAUUGGAGUGGCUACGCGGGUGCUAUUAGUUGUGGACUGGGUCAGUGAAGCGGAGAGUAUUAUCGCUGCGAUAGACGCGCUUACGAUGCUGGGCUGUGAUGUCAUCGGAGCGAGUUUUGUGCUUGGAACAAAUGAAGAUGUGUUACGCAACUUAAAGGCAGCGCAAGUUGCUUUUAGUUGCUCAUGGAACCCGUCUCAUGGUGCUCAGCUCAACAUCUCAUUUUCAAACGGCUCCAGUAAUGGAUCGAGCUGUUCAUGCCACCAGGCAGAAACUAGCAAGGCACAAAGCUCGAAAAAGCGUCCACGUGACGCUGAUAUCGAUUCGGAUCCUUCAGUUAAAGUGAUCUUGAGCCACCGCACUGCAGAAUACCAG